CAACAGCAGUUUGGGUGGUGGUGGUUCCAGACGUGGCAGUUUGAGUGAUGAUAGUUUUAUAAGUAGUAGUUCAGGUGGUGGUUUUGGAGGCAGCAGUUCUGGUAGUGGUCCCGGUAGUGGUUUCUGUUUCUGUAAUGAUAUCAUUAUCCUUAGAGGCAUCUGUUUAUAG